AUGUCGGGAACAGCUAGUGCCAAUGUCGCACCAAUCACCAAAGAGAAAACAAAAUCGAAGCAAAGGUAUCUGAAGCGCAAGAAAGAACGGAGAAAGAUCAGAACAAAAUCAUCUCUCAAAAGUAAAGGUGACGAUAAAGACGAAUCCGAAGAUGAAGAAAUGGAAGAUGCACCUAAGAGCAUUUCUUUAACUCUGCCAGAAGAAAGGAACGGUCUAAUCCAAGAAAAAACCCUUCAGCGGUCGAAAAAACGUUCACGAGAGGAAGAUCAGGAAGAUGAAGAUGUUUUAAUGGCAACGGAGGAACGAGAUAUUUCUCCUAGCCGCAGAAGCCAAUCGCCAGAGCUAGUCUCGGCUUUACCUUCAUUUCCCCUACCUGCGCUACCGAAUGCACCCUCAAAAUCCGACCUCGCUCUUCAAGGAUUAGACCAGGCAUUGAUCGGUGCUGAAUGGGUCUCACCAACCACUGUGUUGCCCAUACCCAUCGGGAAGGACGAUGGAGGCACGCGCCUCUCUGAACGAACGAGGAUGCGGCUGAGAGACAUUGGCAUCACCGAGUUAUUUGCUGUGCAAACGGCCCUUCUACCCUUUCUGCUACCGUCGCAGCAACACAGUUUGUAUCUUCCCUACAGUCCUCCUCGAGAUGUCUGCGUAUCUGCGCCCACUGGGAGCGGUAAGACUUUGGCAUACGUAUUACCUAUCAUCGAGACCCUUUCUUCCCGAGUUGUUACUCGUUUACGAGCUUUGAUUGUGUUACCUACACGCGACCUGGUGGCUCAGGUAAGGGAGACAAUUGAGGUUCUGAGUAAAGGAACUAAAUUGAAAGUUGGAACUGCCACUGGUCAGCAUUCUUUUGCCCAUGAGCAAUCCCAACUAGUUCAAGAUAAAAAUAUCGAUUUGUUGGGUGGAUCAAGCAAAGUUGAUAUCUUGAUUUGCACCCCUGGAAGACUGAUAGAUCACCUAGUUGGAACGCCAAAUUUUUCCUUGCAACAUCUUCGAUUUUUGGUUGUUGAUGAGGCCGACAGGUUACUUGCACAAUCAUUUCAAGGCUGGCUUGCUCAAGUUCUGGCAGCGACUCGCGUACGGCCUACCACAUUGGUCGCCCAACAACCACAAUCCGAAUCCGAACAAAAUGUAAUGGUCCCGCAAUUACACCCGUUGGAUUCUUUACUUCCAGAUGGUCUCUCUCCCACAGUUUUGGGUAAUCUUACAUCAUAUUCUAUGCCGUCCUUCUUCACCGAACAUAGAUCAACAUCCUGCCAAAAACUACUCUUUUCUGCAACGCUUACUCGAGAUCCGGGAAAAAUAUCCACAUUGGAAUUGAGAAACCCUAAAUAUUUUAUCGUACAAGGAAGUGACGCGAAUCAUACGGAGUCGAACUUAUUGGACGUCGUUACCGAGAAAUUCUCAAUGCCCGCGACCCUAAAUGAACAUAUGAUUGUUUCCGACCCUUCAGAAAAACCACUAGUCUUUUUCCACCUUGUUCACACGCAAAAUAUCACCAACGCUCUCGUCUUCACCAAAUCUACUGAAUCCACCAUCCGUCUCGUACGCCUUUUCGAAUUUUUCGAGGCCAAGCGAACAGAUAAUGAAUCUUCAGCACCUCUUGUUCUGCGCGCUUAUUCGAGUGAUCUGCCGAGCCAGGAACGAAAGUCUAUACUUGAACAGUUCAAGGAACAGAAAAUUAACAUACUUGUGUGUUCUGACUUGAUAUCCCGUGGGAUAGAUAUCAGUCAUGUAUCUCACGUCGUCAGUUACGAUGUGCCUGUAGACAUGCGCAAGUACGUGCACCGCGUCGGGAGGACGGCGCGUGCUGGGAGAACAGGAGAUGCUUGGACUUUAGUUGAACAGCAGGAGGCGCGGUAUUUCAAGCAGAUGCUGAAGAAUGCAGGUCACUUGGAAUUGGUCAAAAGGGUCAGGAUCAACGCGAAAGAUUUGGCCCCGCUUUUGCCGCAUUAUGAAGCCGCUCUCAACAACCUGAAAGAGGUGUAUACACGCCAGAGCUAG